AUGCCGGAAUCGCGCGCAAUGCUUGAAACGUGCAUAUCGCGGUGGUUGGAGUCAAAAACUGCAGAAAUAACGUUCGUGCCUCCGAGAACUUCAUCAAUGCUCUGUCAGUCUUGCGUCGACUUGGUUACCAAGAUUGAUCACUUGGAAACUCAGCUGGACAUCGCCUUGAACGAUUUCGUGAUGCUGGUAGCCAAACGAGAGAUGAUGAUAGCUAAUGUGAAAAUCGAAGCCCCGGAAGAAGAACCAGUUCUUGACUCUGCACCCGGUGUCCUGGUUGAGGCCGAUGAAGAGGACGACGACGAAGAAGAAGAAGAACCAGAACCCGAGCCUGAACCUGAACCUCCUAAGAAGACAAGGCUCAAACGUCGCGUAACUCGUGCGCCUGUGAAGAAAAGAGUUACGAGAAAGCCGAAAGUUGAGAGGGACUCCGAAGAAUGGGAUGAAACCGAAGCACCUCCUCCGAAAGAGAAGAAAGCACCUUCUUCUCCGAAACCGCGCCGAAGCUAUAAAGCUCCGUUGUUGUGUACAAUUUGCGGGAAAACUUUUGAAACUCGUCGGGCAAUGUAUAGCCACAAAGUCGUGCAUAAGGAACCGGGCGAAUGUCAUAUUUGUGGCAAGCGGUAUAAGGUGUUGAGCCACCACAUGGACGUCGUGCAUUAUCAGACGAAGAAGUUCCCUUGUCCCUUGUGUGAAGAUAGUUUCACCACCCGCGACAAACUGCAGGAUCAUAAAUGUAAAGUUCAUGGUUUGCCCCAUCCGUAUAUCUGCGAGGAGUGCGGUCGAACGUUCUCAACAAAGACGAAGCUUAUUUUGCACAGUGGUAGUCAUAGUGGUUCAACCUGUCCUAUUUGUAACAAAGUCAUUAAGGGCUACGGUAAUAUAUGGUUGCGUGACCAUAUUGAUGCCGUGCACAAGAAUAAAAAGAAGUUCGCUUGUGGAGUCUGCGAGGAGAAGUUCAGCAAUCGUGCUCAGGUCGUCAUUCAUCGCGCCAAAGUUCAUGCUAUUGAUGUUGACAAAAUCCAACACCCUUGUCCGGAGUGCGGAAAAAUCUUCAAUUUCAAGAUUCUUCUCCGCAAUCAUCGCUACAAGGAACAUAAUGUUUCGAUGGACAACCUGAAAAUCCUCCCAUGUGGUUUCUGUAACAAGGAAUUUUUCAGCAAUUACAAGCUUCAGCGCCAUUUGCUGACUCACGAUGGGAUUAAAUCUCACGCCUGUCCCGACUGCGACUACAGGUCGACCAUGUUCUACCCCGUGAAAACGCAUAUGAAAACAGUGCACAACAGGAACGUUAAACGUGUUUUUCCCAACGGGAAUAAUUCUAAUGAUCUGGACUACGUCAUUGUGGAUAUCACUGAUGAGGACAACAACGCGAAUAAUCAGCCAAACGAGGAUAAUCAAGGAGAAUCCUCUCAGCACUCUAUGAAAAUGGAGAACACCUCGUUUAAGCCGACUUCUCCAAUGCAAUCUCCCGACAUGCUUCAUGACAUGUCGAUGAGGAUGGGUACCUCCGGUCUGUGACCAACUGAUGAAGAUAAAAGCGAGCUCGUUCGGAGAUUUCCGAAUUGAAUGCUGGUGGAAUAUCGAUUGGACUCUAGAAUUCAACUCCCACUUGCAAGCUCAUUGUUGCAUCAGAUGGUAGAGCAACGUGGAUUGCCAAAGAGUCACUUUUUCCGCUGAAUUUUAAGGAGACUGUAUUCAUUUGCCAAUAAUGUAAAAUGAAAAAAAUUACUUGUAUCAUUUCCCAAGCGAAUUUAUUAAAUAUUGACUUCUAUUCCUCCUCGAAUAUUCGGACCACUGAGGGAAAAUUCGUUUUUGUCGUUUUUAUGUUGUAUAGUGAUUGUUCUAAAUGGCAACGCAAGCAUUCUUGAAAGGCGAACGUGAGGCAAAGUAGGCUUAUUCCAAUUUCAGACUACUUUUGCCUUGGCUGUGAUUGUAUCUUUAAAUGUUUCCCGUGUAGGUAGUGUCGUAAAUGGAAAUGUAGUGGUUGCAUUUUU